AUGGGUACUUUGAGACUGAUGAGACUUCCAGGAGAUUCCCCCCAUCUUUGCUUUCCCUCCUCCUUCUGGCAGGUCGGGCUUCCCAGCCUAGGGAGCAGCUGGGCUGGGGAAGGGGAGGGCGGGAGGGGGGCGGACAGUAAGGGAGGCGGGAGUCAGGUCGGUGCGCGCCGCGCCCGCUCCCGCCCGGGGAGAGUCCGGGCCGGGUUUUGCACCGGGUCCCCGGGCUCGUCUCACGGCCUCCAGCCGCCGCCGCUGCCGUGUUUACUGAGCUCGCGCGUCCUGAUAUCACUCCGCUGGCAUGGAGGAGGAGGAGGAGGUGGAGGAGCGCGAGGAGGAGGAGGAGGCGGCGGCGGCGAGCAGUUGAUCAUUGUGAUGGUGGCGGAGGCGGCGGCGGCAGCGGCAGCCUGGCCGAGCGUUAGUGGCUGCUCUCCGCGCGGCGUUUCGCAAAGGACUCCAGCGAUCUACUUUUGCAGUCGCCUCGGACUGUCCAUGUGUUUACUUGCCCAGCCCGAGGACUCGAUGUCUAGGCUCCUGUGAAAUGCAACUGAGCAGCCAAAGUACUUUGAGAACACGGGGCGGCAUAAACACCAAAACUUUUUUGUGGAAGGAAAAU